GCGCGGCGUUUCCCGGCUCCCGGAAUGCCGGGAUGCGGCGGUGCCGGUCCCGCCCCGGGGGCGGUGGAAGAUGGCGGCGGUGCGGCUGUGCCGGUGCCGCUGCCGGGCGCUGCUCUCCCGUGUCCGCGAGGCCCCGCGGGCGCUCCGCGGUCUGGCCGCGGGGCCGGAGAUGCACUUCGGCUUCCAGAGCGUCACGGAGGAGGAGAGGAGGGAGAAGAUUUACCAGUUUACCAGGUAUUUGAAAGCGUGGCCAAGAAAUACGAUGUGAUGAAUGAUUCCAUGACUCUAGGAAUUCAUCGGGUGUGGAAGGAUAUCCUGGUACAUAAAAUGAACCCUUCCCCAGGAACACUUCUUCUUGAUGUUGCUGGAGGAACAGGUGACAUUGCCUUUCGAUUCAUUAAUUAUGUUCGCGCUGUACGAGAACGGCAGCUCCAGAGGAAGCUCAAGCACCAUCAGAAUUUGUCAUGGCAGGAGAUUUUUGAGAGUUACCAGGAAGACAAAUUUGACUCUCUAGGGGAUUCCCAGGUGGUGGUCUGUGACAUUAACAGAGAAAUGUUUAAAGUUGGGAAGCAGAAAGCACAGCACCUUGGCUACUCUAAAGGCUUGUCCUGGGUGCUUGGGAAUGCUGAAGAGUUGCCCUUUGAUGAUGAUAUGUUUGAUGUUUACACAAUUGCCUUUGGAAUCCGAAAUGUAACUCGAAUUGAUUUGGCUCUUGAAGAGGCCUAUCGUGUGCUGAAACCAGGAGGAAGAUUUCUCUGCCUUGAAUUUAGUCAUGUCAGCAACCCUCUUCUUUCCAGGCUCUAUGAUCUCUACAGUUUCCAAGUUAUCCCUGUUCUGGGUGAGGUCAUUGCUGGUGACUGGAAGUCUUACCAGUAUCUGGUGGAGAGCAUCCGGCGGUUCCCCCCUCAGGAGGAGCUGAAGGCCAUGAUAGAAGACGCAGGUUUUUUCAAAGUGGAUUAUGAGAAUUUAAACUUUGGCAUUGUCGCCAUUCACUCAGGUUUCAAACUGUGAGUCUACUAUGUAGCAAAACACAGGAGGUGGUGUAAUUUUUAUGAAGAAUGUGAAAGCUGUGGAAUUUUAACAGUAUGAGGAUUGAAGAGGAGUGUUUAAGAACUUGUGCAGCAGAUACUGGCUCAGCAGCCAGACCCAGAACACCAGCUACCUUUUUUCCUUCAAGAAACAUGUGGAAGGAGCGACUCCUGUGGCAUUUCUUACACUUGGAUUUCCCUUCAAGUGCAAUGUAAAGGACACAGUCAAAACUGAGCAGUGCUAACAAGUGAAGCAGCAUCAGUUGCCAGUGGGUGUUGGACACAGAAAUAGGCUGACUAGUCUUCCAAUAAGAUGCCUUUUUUACUAAGCUUCAAGGAGGAUAUACCCAUGAGAACUUGGAUUUAUGAAGUAACUGGAUUUUUAUGAAGCUGUUAUUAUCUCUGUCAUGUGGAGUUUAAGAAUGUUUUCCCAUGACUCCUUUACUUCUUUCAAAAGCAAAUGAAAGGCUUGUGAAAUAAAAGGGCUCUGCAUCAACUC